AUCGGGACUGGCAGGAGGCAAGGGCGCCAGGAGGCAAGGCCACCAGGAGGCAAGGCAGCAAGGGAGGGGAGCAUCGACAGUCAACAGGCAGAGACGCCAUUAAAAUGAGUGUUUUUCUCUUAUUCGUGUCCUUUGGGAUCGUCUAUCUCGUCCAGUUCUUCGUGAAGAAAAUCCUUCUUUGGUCGAAACUCCCUCCAGGUCCGUGGGGCGUGCCGCUUCUGGGCUCGGUCCCCUUCCUCGGCGGCGGACCCUUGCACCUGAAGCUGGACUCCCUGAGGAAGAAGCACGGGGACGUCUUCACCGUCGGCGUCUUCCACAAGGAGGUCGUGGUGCUGAGCGACUGGGAGUCGGUCCGGGACUUCUUCGGGAGGCUGGACUUUUCCGGUCGACCCGAUGCGCUUCUCUUUCGACAGGUCGCUCUCGGCAACAACGGGAUCGUAUCCUCGCAGGGGAGUCUGUGGCAAGAAAACCGUCGCUUCACCUUGCGGGUUUUGAGGGAUUUUGGCCUCGGGAAAAGGGAAGCCUUGGACUCCAUGAUCCAAGACGCCGCCCUCGGUCUCUGCCGAUCCCUGAGAGCGCGUCGGCACGAGCCGCAAGACUUCGGCCCGCAUCUCAACCUCGCCGUGCUCAACGUCAUCUGGAAGAUGACUGCGGACAAGCAGUUCGCUCACGACGACCCGAGGAUGCAGGACUUCAUGGACCGCGUCCUGGAAGUCCUAAACGACUCCAGCCUCCUCGGUCCCAUUCAGUGGGUCCCGGCGUUUGUCUACCUUUGGCCACCGGCGCUCAAGGCGUACCGGCGCGUCAAUCGCAACAUGGCUGCCAUUUCCCAAAUAUUCCUGAACGAGGUGGAAGAGCAUAAGAGAAAUCUUCCUUCGUCCGGCGGCUCCAAGGACUACAUCGACGCCUACCUCACCGAAAUGGCGCUGCAAAAGUCUCGAGGAGAAGUCAAUCCCAAUUUCACGGAAUUCCAACUGCGAGUGAAUAUUUCGGAUCUGUUCAUCGCCGGGAGCGAGUCGACAGCGACUGCCAUUCGCUGGAGCGUCCUGUUCCUCCUCUGCCACCCGGACGUUCAGGAGAAACUCCAGGCUGAAGUUGACAGCGUGGUCGGGCACGACAGACUUCCAUCGCUUCACGACCGGAACAGGUUCGAGCGGGAUGGAGGAUGGCAUCCUUCGUAG